UCAUUCAAACCACAUGGCAAGAGUGCACACUGCAUGGAUGAGACCUGUUUAUAAAGUACCUUGCUAACAGAGAAUCUAGUUAGCUUUUAAGUUUGUAGCUAGUAACCAUACAAAAGCAAAAAUGUCUCAAUUACAAACAAGGUUCUUCACAGAAAACAAAAAAUAUGCAAUAGAUGACGUCCCUUUCUCCAUACCAGCAGCCUCCGAGGUGCAAGAUCUCAGCAAUGUUAUCAACAAACUCCUGGAAGCAAAGAAUGCAUCCCAUAGCCAAGUCGAAUUUGACUUCCUGGUCCGUGGUCAGUUCCUGCGGACAUGUCUGUCCAUCCACAUGGACACGGAGGGCAUAUCCACGGAAGAUGUGGUGGAGAUAGAGUAUGUGGAGAGAUUCACAGCACCUCAGCCUGAGGAGUGCAUGAUGCAUGAUGACUGGAUCAGUUCUGUGGAGGCAGACUCUGAAUGGAUCCUGACAGGCUCCUAUGACAAGACAGCCAAGAUCUGGUCCCUGGAGGGCAAGGCUGUGAUGACGGUGGCAGGACACACAGAUGUGGUGAAAGAUGUGGCGUGGGUCAAGAGAGAUGGGCUGACUUCCCUGCUACUCACGGCUUCUCUGGACCAGACCAUUCUGUUGUGGGAGUGGGACUCUGAGAGGAACAAGUUGAAAGCCAAACACUGCUGCCGUGGACAUGCCGGAAGUGUUGACACAGUCGCCUCCGAUCCCUCACGCACAAAGUUCUGCAGCGGCUCGUGGGAUAAGAUGCUCAAGAUCUGGUCUGCAGUUCCCACAGAUGAGGAGGAUCAGGUGGAGGAGGCCCCCAGCAGGCCCCGGAAGAAGCAGAAAACUGACCAGAUGGGGCUGACCAGGACCCCCCUCAUGACUCUAUCGGGCCACAACGAGGCGGUGUCCUCGGUGCUGUGGUGUGACGGGGCAGAGCUGUGCAGUGCAUCCUGGGAUCACACCAUGCGUCUGUGGGACGCAGAGACGGGGGUGCCGAAGACCACCCUGUCGGGCAGUAAAGUGUUCAACUGCGUGUCCUACUCCCCUAUAUGCCGCCGCCUAGCCUCUGGCAGCACAGACAGACACAUCAGACUCUGGGACCCCCGCUCGAAAGAUGGUUCCCUGGUCCUCCUCUCCCUGACCUCUCACACGGGCUGGGUCACGGCGGUGAAGUGGUCUCCCUCCCACGAACACCAGCUCAUGUCUGGUUCACUCGACAACGUGGUGAAGCUUUGGGACACCAGAAGCUGUAAGGCCCCCCUGUAUGACUUGGCGGCCCACGAGGACAAGGUUCUGUGUGUCGACUGGACAGACAGUGGGCUGAUGCUGAGCGGAGGAGCAGACAAUAAGUUGUACACCUACAAAUACUCUUCCUGUGUGUCUGACGACGGGGCAUAGACUGGACUGUGGAAGACAAACACGUACUGUCAAACAGACACAUCCACACAGAGACCUGAAUCAGAUUGAACUCCAAAUAAAUUGAAAUGGACUGACAUAUUGGCUUUUUCAGAGCUGGUAUACUGAAGUGGAUGCAAUGACAGACAGUAUGGAUCAUAACACCUUUUAUUUUUUAUUGUGUAUUUAACACAUGCUAUACCCAUUGCAAUCAGUCUGAAUUAUCCAUUUAUUUUGUGUUAUUUGUGCAUUUGUUAUUGAAUGCAUUUCUGCUGUAUUGGUCAAUAAAUUAAUUUUCCCACAAA